UUGAAGAGGGAAGUUCAGUUUUAUUUACGCCGCGCCACGAAAGGCUCGUCCUGUUGUCCCAAGACAUGAAGAAUGAACGGUUAUAACCGACUCCUGCUCGGUGGAGAUGUCAAUUUAAUAUCUCCACGCCUUCAUUUAUAUGAUCUUUCUUAGCUCCCAAACACAUUUGCCAGGACAAGCAGAAAAAUGUCUGCGCCGCAGCCAUUGAGUCAGCUCCAACAAACAGCGGAGCCCCUGCUGAAUGCCCAGGAGACGCAGUUCUGGCUGGACAAAGCGGUGGCUUGGGGCCAGGCGGACAGGCCCGACUCUCAGAAAGACACCUGCCUACACUUGAGCGGACUGAGGGAUUUCCUUCAGCAACUUCUAACGCACAUAAACAACAUGAGCUCCACAACAGAAACAAUGAAGAAGCUGCCCUUCUUAGGCCAGUUUUUGGGACGUCUCUGCUGGAACCCGUAUGUCACUGUGGGCGAUACAAGCAGAGAGCUGCUGCUCCGGUGUCUGUGGGGACUGUACUCGGAUCAUCCAAGCAAUGCUGUGGAAAGAAAAGCCAACCAGUGGAUACAGAAACUGUUGCGCCAGCUUGCCACAGAAGAUGAUGACGCUGCAGCACAGGCUUUAAUGAAGCAUAUAGGUGCACCAGAUAAAGAGUAUCACCUCGAAGUCUUAAAGAAGAUGGUGACAAAGCUACAGGAAAAUAUCGGGAAAAGCUGCAGCUUUCCUAGCACCAUCAAUCAGAGGUGUGCAUGUGACACCAUUCUGGCUACAUCAGAGGCUUGUGUCCCCCUCGUCACCUGUCCCGAGGCUUCCUCUCUCAUCGAUGCGUUGCUACAGCGACCGGUGACUUGUGUCAGAGAUGGUCUUAGUGAGGACUUCCUGGAUGCUCUGAGCUCUGCCUGCGCCAGCCAGAGUUUAUCACUGGAGGAGCAGGCCUUAAUCUCUCUGUGGUGUCACAGCCUGUCCAGCCUGGAGGAGGCAGUGCUCAGUCUGCUGGAAUCUGUUACCAACACAGGGUCAACGCCUCACAAGCUAGAGCUACAAGUAGCGCAGUCACUGCUGCCCAAGGCUUGUGCUCAGCACUGCUCGAUGUUCUUGGUUGCAAAUGACAUCUUCAGGUCUGUCCUUAAACAAGCUGAAGGAAAUGAGUCCGUUAAAUCUCUUAUCCAAACCUUUACCAGGUGUUUCAUGAGGGAACUGGCGCUGCUGCAGCCUCAGGCGAUGAGCGUUUCCAUGAAGGCCUUCUUCCCACAGUCGCCUCAGAGUCUGCUGACUCCCCUCAUUACUUUGCCGUCAGAAAUGUCUCAGGAGGCUUGGAAAAGUCACCUGAACUGGCUCAGCAGCUCAUUACAGAGAGUGACAGAGGGUGAAGAGGAGGGAGCGAUAGAUAGCAGAAGCACCCGGGGGCACGACAAAGUGUUUGAGGCCUGGUUCCUGCUGGUUGAGUGUGGCCACUGGGUGCAGGUGGCUGUCCAGCUGCUGGUCACAUCAGGGCCUGAGGACUGUGGCCCUCUCCUGAGGCUGCUGACCUUUUACCACCACCCCACCAACAGGUGGCACCACAGGGCUUUACAGCUGGUACGUGCCAAAGAAGUGUGGGACCACCUCAGCUGUCUUUUCUCGCGUAUACGUCGUCCUCUUCCCGCUGACCGCCUGCAGUCACUGGCCACUCUGCUGUCACCACCACCACCACCGCCUCAGCAGCCAGCCCUCGCUCCAUCAUUCACCCUCAACCUCCUGGUUAAUUUUGCUGUUUUCUGUCAAAUACCACUGAGUGCCUCAACAGAGAUUUUGCAGACGGUGGUGGAUGAGUCUGGUCUGUUUGACGAAGCAGCGUGUGCUCUCAGCUCACUGGAGCUCAGACUAAACGAAGGAAACUGCUUACCAAGCGAUGGAGUUCAUCUCAGGAUCAAGGAACUUCAAAACACAAUAACACAUAUGCAGUCAGCACCAAGUCCUGCUGCGAUCUAAGCCACCCGCCCACCCACACACUCACACACACAUUCACACGCACACGCAUUCCAAAAUGGAUGAGACAGGUAUGUGACCCACGCAUACGCACAAUAAUGAACUCACACAGGCGUGAGUUCGCCUUCUCAUGGGUUUUCCAAAGCAUGUUUGCAGAAUGACAAACAGGCAUGCUGUUGUGCUGAUAUGCUGCGGUACAAUGACAGGAGUGUGUCAAAACAACACAGCGAAGACAGAUUAUAUGGGGAGGCUACAAUUACACGCACGCAUAACACAACUACAAGGCCCACAAGGACACUUGAGCAGUGACAGAUCACGCUGCAAAGAAGCAGCAGCUUGUACAACGUGUCAGAGUCCUCCCACUCAUAUAAUUGCCUCGCACUAUAAAUCCUUGGGGCUUACACAUGCUGACUGUGGGACGUAGGUUUGAUGUAAAAGAAAGGCUCAGAAACAUAUUCUGACAGCACUGAAUGUAUGAUAAAAUGUAAAUAAUUAAUGUCAGUACUUCCUGUAUGCACAUUUUCUUUUCUAUACUUCAUUGAUGCCAAAUGUAAACUCCUUUUGUCCUUUUGAUUAUAUGGGGAUAUUCAGAAUUUUGUACACAUAUGAUUUGCAAAUUAGUUUUUCGCAUGGAAAAUGUGGGAUAAACGUUGGAGAAAUUAUUGGAGUGUCCUUCCUUUUUUU